GAGAGCCCGGCUGGGGUCUGUGGGGUGGUUUUGGGGUGCCACGAGGCCUCCCUGGCCCGGCUCUCGGCUCUCAUGCAGGAGGAGCUGGUGGGGCCCGAGGAGAGGCAGCAGCUGCUGGAGGCAGAGCUGGUGGGGAAGCGCUGGGCAGCGUUUGGAGUCCUGGACCCCCAGCCCUGCUGCCAGAGCGGGGACGCCUGGUACUUCAGGGUGGGCUUCACCUUCGAGCACAGCCAGCUGCAGUUUGCAGCCAAGGUCCCCAAGCCGUGCUGCUCCAGCCUGGGGAUGCAGAGCUUCCUGGGGACACACUGCAGCAUCCAGCGCCUGCUCGGCCACUUCACCGACCGCCUCCCUCGGGAGCUGGUGCUCCCAGGAAUCCCUGGAACACAGAGCCAGGGCCCUUCCAGAGAGGAGUCAGCCUGUCCUGCCCCCCAGCCUGUCCUGCAGGUGUUCCUCUGUGCUGAGGUUCCCCAGCAGACCCUGGCAGAUUUUGUGAAGGGCUCCCACGCUUUGCACAGGACCAGCCCCGGGCACUACGAGCGCCUGGGCUGCCUCCUGCUCCUGCAGCUCUGCAUGGGGCUGGAGCACCUCCGGGGGCAGAACAUGGCCCAGGGGGACCUGUGCCCCGAGAACCUGCUGCUGGUGCAGUGCCCGUGUCCCCCCCAGAGGCAGAAGGAGCUGCUGGGACUGUCCCUUCCACGGCUGCUCAUCAGCAGCUUCUUCAAGGUGCAAGAGAAGCAGAGACCUCGUUCCAGCAGCCAGGAGCAGGACUGGAGCCAGGCUCUCGCUGCGCCCUCCCCGCCAGCAGCAGCUGAGCUGAACUUGGGCAGGCUGAUCUAUCAGAUCUUGCACGUGGACAUCUCCCUGGAGAACAUUUUGGGCUUCAGAAGCAAAAGGCUUCCCGAAAUCCCCUCGCUGUCCAUCUACUCGGCGGGACUGAAGCGCUUGGCCUCGCUGCUCCUGCACAGGGAUCCUGUCCAGAGGGUGUCCAUCGAGCAGGCCAGGGCCAUCCUGCAGGUGCUGCUCUGGGGGCCACGCCAGGAGCUCUUUGCCAGGAGCAGGAAGAGCCUCGAGCUGCUCCAGAGGUGGCUGCAGGUCAAGAGGGCUCUGCUGCUCCUGAGGUUUGCAGAGAAUUCGGUUGGGGCCAGGGUCAGCCCCGGCCUGGAGGAGUGGCUGUGCUGCCAGUAUUUCCAGGGGAUCACUGAACACACCCUUUACCAGGUCACCCAGGUUCUCUAUGCCCCCUAAACAACCUCCAAGUCAGCCCACCCAAAGGUCUCCUCAAAUCCAAGAGCUCACGAGGGCCUGGCCAAACCUGUCCCUGCCCAUAACAGGAGAGUUGAAACUAAAUUAUUUUUAGGGUCCUUUCAGCCCAAAUCAUUCCAUGAUUCUAUGAAAUCCACCAGUUCCUGAGAAAUCCAAGCAGGUCUUCACUGGGAAAGCUCUGCAUACCUAAACCCACGCCCCCCCAUAGCCCAUGGAUAAUGAAGUGUGUAAAACCACAGGGUGUGGAUUUAUACACUCAAACAAUUUUUGCUUGAUACUCUAAGUCUGGUUUACCAGAACACCUGAGGAAAGGCAGCUGGAUGGGAGUUCCAAGCACUAAUUUAGUGGCUGAUAAUCCCAAAUAAAGAUUAUGGAGUUCAGACUUGGAACAAAACCCCCUCAGAGCCUUUUUGCAGCCACCAGGUUUUUGCUGUUUUCAAUAACACUCAAAGCCACCCAUCACAGCUCACCGGUCUCAGCAGAGGAGAAACAACAGCUCCUUCAGCCUGUGCUUCCCAGAGACAAUUUGUGGCACAGUCAUUAAUAAAAAUGACAUUUUAAAGGAAAAAAUACAG